AGCUUUGUUGACAGCCACUCUGAAUGCAGAUGUGACGUCACCACCAGCAGGCAUCUGAUCUGAAGCCUACUGAUCCAGAAGCGUCCAGGCCAGGGCGAGUGCGCGAGAGAGGGAAGCAGGUAUGACGCUCAAGAUCCCGGAGGAGUAAUUUCACGGAUUUGCCAGAUACUGUCAAUAACAUAACGACGACAGCGCAGGGGGAAGAGUUCACAGAAGCCAAACGCGCUCUGUGGGGUGCGGUCACCGUUUGUCACUCACGGGCGCUCCCUCCCGCGGGCGGCGGUAGCAUCGAGCUGGUGUCGAGACUCCUCAUCAUCCCGUCCCAUCCCAGAUCUGUGCGAAGAUGGCGGACCCGGCGGAGUGCACCAUCAAAGUGAUGUGCCGCUUCAGGCCGCUUAACAAUUCGGAGGUGGAACGUGGGGAUCAAUACAUCCCUAAGUUUCAAGGGGAAGAAAGUGUGGUUAUUGCGGCCAAGCCCUACGUGUUUGACCGCGUGUUCGCCUCCAACACUACACAGGAGCAGGUCUACAAUGCCUGCGCCCAGAAGAUCGUCAAAGAUGUUCUGGAGGGCUACAACGGCACCAUCUUUGCUUACGGACAAACAUCCUCUGGAAAGACACACACCAUGGAGGGUAACCUCCAUGACCCAGAUGGCAUGGGCAUUAUUCCCAGGAUAGUGCAGGACAUCUUUAACUAUAUCUACUCCAUGGAUGAGAACCUGGAAUUCCAUAUCAAGGUGUCAUAUUUUGAGAUCUACCUGGAUAAGAUCAGAGAUCUGCUGGAUGUGUCGAAGACCAAUCUGGCAGUACAUGAGGAUAAAAACAGGGUUCCGUAUGUGAAGGGUUGCACUGAGCGGUUUGUGUGUAGCCCUGAUGAAGUGAUGGACACUAUCGAUGAGGGAAAGUCCAACAGACAUGUGGCUGUUACAAACAUGAAUGAGCACAGCUCCAGAAGUCACAGUAUCUUCCUGAUCAACGUGAAGCAGGAGAACACUCAGACUGAGCAGAAGCUCAGUGGCAAACUCUUCCUGGUGGACUUGGCCGGAAGUGAAAAGGUCAGUAAGACGGGUGCUGAGGGAGCGGUGUUGGAUGAGGCCAAGAACAUCAACAAGUCACUGUCAGCUCUGGGCAAUGUCAUCUCCGCACUGGCAGAGAGCUCGGGCUACGUGCCAUACAGAGACAGUAAGAUGACCAGAAUCUUGCAGGACUCUCUGGGAGGAAACUGUAGAACCACCAUCGUCAUCUGCUGCUCCCCAUCCUCCUACAACGAGUCCGAGACCAAGACCACACUCAUGUUUGGACAGAGGGCGAAGACGAUUAAGAAUACUGUGUGUGUGAAUGUGGAGCUGACUGCUGAGCAGUGGAAGAAGAAGUAUGAGAGGGAGAAGGAGAAGAACAAGACACUCCGUAACACCAUCACCUGGCUGGAGAACGAACUCAACCGCUGGAGAAAUGGUGAGACGGUGCCGACGGACGAGCAGUACGAUAAGGAGAAGGCGUCCGAGGCGCUGGCUGUGGUGGAGCUGGCCAGCGGGGAGAACAUGGCGUCCACCCCCAACGUGCCAGCAGGGGGCAGACUCACCGACGUGGCCAAGGAGAAGUGUGAGGCCGAGCUUGUCAAGCUCUACAAGCAGCUGGACGACAAGGAUGAUGAGAUUAACCAACAGUCUCAAUUGGCAGAGAAACUCAAGCAGCAGAUGCUAGAACAGGAGGAGCUGCUUGCGUCGUCGCGGCGGGACCACGAGGGCAUGCAGGUGGAGCUGUCGCGUCUGCAGCAGGAGAACGACGCCAGUAAGGAGGAGGUGAAGGAGGUGCUGCAGGCCCUGGAGGAGCUGGCCGUCAACUACGACCAGAAGAGCCAGGAGGUGGAGGACAAGAGCCGCGACUACGACGCGCUCAGCGAGGAGCUCAGCCAGAAGGCCAGCGUGCUGGCGUCUCUGGACACAGAGCUGCAGAAGCUGAAGGAGAUGACCAAUCACCAGAGGAAGAGGGUCACCGAGAUGAUGUCAUCACUACUCAAGGACCUGGCCGAGAUUGGAGUCACAGUGGGCAGCAAUGACAUCAAGCAGCCCGAGGGCAGUGGCGUGAUCGAUGAGGAGUUCACGGUGGCGCGCCUCUUCAUCAGCAAGCUCAAGUCCGAGGUGAAGACGCUGGUCAAGAGGAAGAAGGAGCUGGAGAGCAGCCAAUCAGAGAGCACCAAGAAGAACGACGAGAACGACAAGGAGCUGGCCGCCUGCCAGCUGCGCAUCUCCCAGCACGAGGCUAAGAUCAAGUCUCUGACGGAGUACCUGCAGAACGUGGAGCAGAAGAAGAGGCAGCUGGAGGAGAAUGUGGACUCUCUCAAUGAGGAGCUGGUCAAGAUCAGUGCACAGGAAAAAGUCCAUGCCAUGGAGAAGGAGAAUGAGAUUCAGACAGCCAAUGAGGUUAAGGAGGCUGUGGAGAAGCAGAUUCACAGCCACAGAGAGGCCCACCAGAAACAGAUCAGCAGCCUGAGGGACGAACUGGACAUUAAGGAGAAGCUCAUCACCGAGUUACAGGAUCUGAACCAGAAGAUCAUGCUGGAACAGGAACGCCUGAGAGUGGAGCACGAGAAACUGAAAGCCACCGACCAGGAGAAGAGCCGCAAGCUGCACGACCUCACGGUGAUGCAGGACAGAAGGGAGCAAGCCAGGCAGGACCUGAAGGGACUGGAGGAGACAGUGGCUAAGGAGCUGCAGACACUGCACAACCUCAGGAAGCUGUUUGUGCAGGAUCUGGCCACAAGAGUUAAAAAGAGUGCAGAGAUGGACUCUGACGACACUGGAGGCAGCGCUGCUCAGAAACAGAAGAUCUCUUUCCUGGAGAACAAUCUAGAACAGCUGACCAAAGUCCACAAACAACUGGUGCGUGACAACGCUGACCUGCGCUGCGAGCUGCCCAAGCUGGAGAAGCGUCUGCGGGCCACGGCCGAGCGGGUGAAGGCGCUGGAGACGGCGCUCAAGGAGGCCAAAGAGAACGCGGCGCGCGACCGCAAGCGCUACCAGACCGAGGUGGACCGCAUCAAAGAGGCCGUCCGCGCCAAGAACAUGGCCAGGAGGGGCCACUCGGCCCAGAUCGCCAAGCCCAUUCGGCCAGGCCAGCCUCCCAUCGCCUCCCCCACUCACCCAGGUGUCACGCGCCCAGGAGGAGGGAUCUUCCAGAACAACCAAUCAGCCAUGGGCAUCCGUGGAGGAGGAGUCAAGCAGGACAAGAACUCCAGCUGAAGGCCGAUGCCAGUCGAGGCAUGACUUGUGUCAGACACACUGGACUCCGUGUGUGUGUGUGCGUGUGUGAGAACGAGAGAGAGCGAUAGACACGAAGGACUCGUGUACAAACACUGAUCUGACCUAAAUUGUAUGUACAGUCUGAUAUGUACGUACGUAUGUAUGUAUGUAUGUAUGUAUGUUUGUAAGGUCCCCUCACUCCAACGUAUUUAAACACACAUUGGACUUCACUACACACAGGGACAUGUUGCCCUCGAGUGUGCUAGUGUUUGAACGGAGUGUGUGUGAGUGUAUGCGUGUGUAAGCGCGUGCUUGGAUUUGCAUGGCACAUUCCCAUAUAAUGUAUGGGUGUAGCAUGCAUGCGAGAUUGCGUACGUCUGUGUGUGUGGGUGUGUGUGUGUGUGUGUGUGUGUAGUGUGCUUGCGUACCUGUGUGAGUGUGUGUGUGUGUGUGUGUAGUGCAUAGAUUUGUCCCUCUGCACAGUCCCCAGUGUCUGCACCAAGCCAAACUGAAUGUAAAUAAACGUAUCUGGGGAAGAAAAAAAAAAGAAGAGAUCAAAUGAUGGGAAGAGAAAGAGAAUAGUGACAAAAGAAAAAGAAGAAAAACAAAACUUUAGUGAAAUCUCAAGUAGAGGCUUCCAUCUCAUACAACUGUACGGUCUUCUCUCUCUUUCUCUCUCUCUCACUCACUCACUCUCGCCCCUUCUCUCUGUAUGUUUCAGAAACAGGGUUUCCUCCUAAAUGGAGAGGACAUCGUAGAGUGUCGCCACAGGUUAAAAAAAAAUACAUAGUCACUUAUGUAUGUACAUGUACACACACACACACACACACACACACACACACACACACAGACAGAAGUAGAGGUGUUGCACUAGAGCAUGUCACCAGGUGACACAGAUGAGUAGUCACAUACACACACAUACACACACACAGAGGUUAUUGCACAGACAGAGUUCAAAUACACUGCUGAUCGUCUCACACACACACACACAGAGACACACUACUGGUGUGGAAACAUACACUAGCGCUUGGAAUAUCAUUUCUGUGUCUUGUCUUUGAUUUCUGUAAACUCUUGUCCAUCUGGCGCAUACAGUAUGUGUGUGUGUGUAUGUGUGUGUGUGUAUCUGUGUUGAUGGGUAAAUGAAAGGAGGGUUUUACACUUGAUCAUCCUUAGUUUUUUUUCCUUUUGUGCACCCUCCCUCCCCUCCAUAUCUUGACCAAUAGCAAUGCAUGUGACGUCUCACGCCAGCCUCUCAUUGGUCAAUAAGGUGGGGCUGGGUUUUAAUGGCAUGUCGAACUCCUAAGUAGUCUUUGCUUUUUUCCUGAUGAUUUUUGGCCCUCCCAAGCUGCCAUAGGUUAGUUAUUUAUUACUAUGUGAUUUUAGACUGUAGCUGUGGGGAGUGUGUGUGUGUUUUUGUUUUAAUUUUUUUUUACCUGCUUCGUGUUCUUUUUUAGGUUUUAAUUAUUGAAAUUAUUGACUUUUUUUUCUUAUGUCCAACAUAAACUUAAUCAAAGUAGUGCUCCCUCUCCAUCUCUUCAUUUCUCCAGACAAAUGAAUGAAUGAGUGUGUGUGUGUGUGUGUGUGUGUGUUUGCGCACGUGCGUGUGUACGUGUGUACGUGUGUACGUGUGUGUGUGUGUGUGUGUGUGUGUGCAGACGAGAUGGUAACUGCUGUAACAGAAGUGGUGUGAGGGAGAGAGCUUUGCUUUUAAAUCCAGUAAAACUGACAACACUGCAUCUGGCUCCUGGUGUUAGUGUGUGUGUGUGUGUGUGUGUGUGUGUGUGUGUGUGUGUGUGUGUGUGUGUGUGUGUGUGUGUAUAUGUAUGUCUUUGUGUGUGUGUGUGUGUGUGUGUGUGCGCACGAGCACAUGUGUGUGUUUCUUACUUUCAUUCUCCAGGACCGCUGUGUGAGUGUGACUAUGAAGCAGAGAUCUUUGGAUAGACUGAAGAAAUAUCCAUUUGGUGUACUGUAGGCUGGAAUUGAGUUAUAACCUUUAAAGAUGUAACAUGAAUAAAGUAUUGAUUAAAAAUCAUAAACUGAA